CUCAACUGGCCCCCCCUCGCCCCGAUCGUCUCAUUCCUUCUAUUUCUUCCUUCCGUCUCUCUCUUCCUCUCUCUCUUCCUGUUUUCUCCUCCUCUCCGUGUCUUCCUCCAUCGAUUUCUCACCCUCCAAUCGCCCGGCCCGUUUCUUUGCCAUCGGAUUCGUGUUGCUGGCCGGCUUCCACAACCAUCGAUCCCGUCUUUUUGAUGUGUUUCCAUCCCCGCCACAUCCACACGCUCGCCCCAUCCGCAUUCCGCGCAUAGUCGCUCGCUACGCCCGCACGCCCAACCAAGCUCGUGGUGUUGAAGUUCCUGCAGCCCAAACACCUCCUCGCAUCCGCAUUCACCCUUUUCCACAUUCUCCUUCUCCCCUGCUCCUUUUCGCUACGUACGCUACAAAGACGCAGCGUCAGUCUUUCGACUUUCUGUCGCUAUUGUCGAAGUUGUCGUCGUCGUCGCCGUCGCCACGACCCUACCAGAUCCGCCUCUCCGCCUCUCCGCCUCUCCGCCUCGCCGUUUGUCCAAAUUUUUGGCUUCUCUCUCUACCUACCCCCCCUUUUUUUUUAUUAUUGUCCUCUUUCCUGGCUUUGUGGAUGGUUGAUGCGCAUCGGCCCAGUUCAUCGUGAUGAAUGUGGGCGAUAAUGAGACCGCCCAAGCGAUCGCUGCCGAACUCUCCUCGCCUCCGAGUUCGUUGAGCGAUCACAGCCCCCAGCGCUCGGAUCUUCAUUACGCCAACCACACUCCGAGUCGCGAUGCGCCCGGUUUUGGUGUUUCGCAUCCCCUGUCCCAAAAUAGUAAUUAUGCACAACCACAACCACCAGCCACAGCAGACGAGAAGCCCAAGAGGAGCACGCGUGGGCCCGUCAUGCUGCCCGACGGUACGAUGAGAGAGCGCAAAAAGCCUGGCCCGAAACCAAAGCCAAAGGAUCCAAAUGCGCCUGAGAAGCCGAAGCGCAAGCGCCAGAAGGUUUCCGAUGGCCCAACCUCAGCUCCUGCGCUUGCGUCCGAGCCAGUGCCGGCUCCUGCUACCGCUGCACCGCAACAUCCGCAACCACCACCGCCCCCGCUACCGCCGCCGAUGCCACAGCAACAGCAGCAUCUGCAGCAAGAGAGCACCAAUCCCCCGUACCAGCAGCCGGUCGCCUCGCGACCCCAACCGCAGUCGGCUCCAAGGCAGUCCAAGAUCACCGAUCUCGUGAACCACAUGCCUCCUAGCCAGUCGCGUCCUACAGCCUCCGACAUGUACGCGUCUCCCGCACCUCCACCUCAGGUCACUCGCCUCAGCGCGGCGCCGUCGCCGCCGCGCCCCGCGUCAAGCGGCCAGGUGUUCGACCUGAUCCGCGGCGAGGUCAGCAGCAGAACGUCCAACACCUCUCAUUCACCGACUGCAAACAGUCAUCAGCCUGCCGUCACGCGCUAUGCUUCGUCUGCUUCUGUGACCUCCGCGCCCGUCUCUCCAGUCCCACCCAUGUCGAAACCACCCUCCAAUCCCUAUUCUGUUCCGCAGCAGUCGUCAAAUCUGGCGCCGCAACGUGUGUCGUCGGCAAGCGUACCUGCAAGCGUGCCACCCUCAUCGUCCGACGCCAUGGAUGUCGAUCGACCCUCGAAACCUGCAACAAAAGCUGAGCCGGGAAGUGCCGGGCCUUCAUCGAAUGCGGCCACGCCCCCGCCGCAAAAGCGUGCAAAGCAGCAACCUCCUCCUCUGCCCACUGGCAGCGGCCUGUUGUCCGGCACGCCUUUUGGCGGUGUAGAGGCCGCCACGUCAAGCACGAACGGCACCACGGGAACCAACAUAUGGCUGACCUUCCCGCUCAAGGGCCAGAACAACGUCACCAUCAACUUCGCUCGGGAAGUCGAGAAACAGUAUGGCUUUGCGGCCCUGCACCCGCGCCUCGCCGCCCGCAAGGAGCGUCAGCGCCAGCUCGCAGCCGCCAGCAAUGCGCUCGAAAAGGCUGCUGGCAUGGCCGGCUCGGCGGACGAAAUGUCGCUCGACAUUUCCGAGCCGGAGAGUGGCAACGAAGACGAAAAGAACGGAGACGAUGCAGGCUCCAAUGCGCCGGCCGGCGAUGGCGCCACGAAGAAGCGAAGGAAGCGCAAGGCGGAGGACUACGAUCGCACUGACGACUUUAUCGACGACACGGAGAUGGCCUGGGAAGAAUCUGCCCUCAUGGCCAAAGACGGCUUCUUUGUAUACAGCGGUCCGCUCAUGUCGGAGAAUGAGAAAAACCAAACCAUCGAACGAGCCGAUGGGACAAUCAAACGUGGUCGUGGCCGCGGUCGAGGUGGCUCGGCGCGUGGCGAGGCGUCAGGUCGUGGACGCGGCGCUGCUGGAAGCCGUGGUUCACGCGGAGGAUCCACGGCUCGCAAGCCCAGAGUCACAAAGGCGGAUCGCGCCGCCAGGGAACAGGAGAAGAUCGAGCGCGAAAAGACGGCCGCGUCGUUGUCGAAAGGAUCUAGCGCCGGGGUCGUCGCACCUCCCGUUCAGACCCCCAACCUGCCGAGCCAGCCACAGACGUACCCGUCGGCCCAGGCGGUGAGUACCGUUGGUUAAAUCGGAUGCUCCUUCGUUCAAAGAGAAAAAAAAAACAUUUCCCUGAACUGGGGGGUUUGGCCCUUCCGUGUGAAUUCCGUUCUCCUUUCAGCAAAGCGUUACCUUGCUUUCUUUGCUAUCUUUUUGAUAUCACGUGGCACGCAAAGACGGGAAAGGCACGAAAAGAGGCAUUCGGCAUGGGCGUUUUGUUUUUGUUUUUUUUUUUUUUUUAUUAAUUUUCCAUCAUAUACAUGUACACACGCCUUCUCGUGCGCGUACGCAAACGUACGCGUGCGUGUGUCUGUGGGCUUUUUCGAGGACUGUAUCACCACCGUUACUACUGUCAUCAUCAUCAUCAUCAUCAUCAUCGUCAUCGUCGUCAUCACCGUAUGGCGCCUCGGGCUCUUCGACUCUUCUGUUUUUAUUUUUUUUUAUAAACUCUAGAAUGAGGGAAGUACAGGGGGGCUAUAUUCGAACGGAACGUUAUCCAGCCGUGGCGGCGCCGCUGAAAGGAGCGGAGAGAGUAAUAACGUAUUAGGGCACCGGGAAUGUCGGACGGUGGGAUUUGCGUGCUAAGAGACAGGCGGGCAUGUGGGACGGGCAAAAAGACCGGACGGAUAAUGCUUUGUCGGUGGGAAGGAUUCGAUACGUGCGGGAUGGCCAGAUUUGCGUCGCGCUCACCAAAUCUGAAAGGCAGCGGCAAGCCUGUUUGUACGUGGUAGAGAAAAAUACAUGACUGUGUGUGUGCGUGCGUGUGUGUGUGUGUGG